AUGGAUGUAGAUACGUCGCAAGCAGCCACCGCGCUGCUGACGGAGCACUUGCAGUACACCCCACUGUCCCUCAUUGAUGACAUUAUCAACUCGGUCAACAACUUCAUCUAUCAAGGUGUCGGCAGCCUCGAGACUGGGCUACUAUCGACACCCCCUGAGCGACUAGGUUUUAAAGGGCAGAAAGGAACCGACGAUACCGAGAUCGAAUAUCCUGAAGCAAAGCAAGAGAUCGAGGAGGGCUUGCAGAAGCUGGAGACACUGUUGAACUCAACCGUCGACAAGAAUUUUGACAGGUUCGAGAUUUAUGUGCUGCGCAACAUCUUAUGCGUUCCCUCGGACCUUACAAAUUGGAUACAGCUCCAACAUUAUCAGAACAUUUCUCUGCCGAUACCGGACAAUGUACCUACCCCAGACAUGAUCCAAACGCAGCGGCGCAAGUUGGCAGCGUCGCGACUUGUCUCGAGGCAGCUCGUGCAGGAACAGGCCCGCAAUCAAGCCAUUCUAGAUCAGCUGCGUGCGUUGCGAAAUGCUGAUGCUGAGGAGAGCCUGGCCUUCCUGACGCAGAGCGCUGGCGCACAAGCCAUGCAUGUGACAUCGGAUGGACAGUCGCUGACGACUAACGCUACCUUCACCAUGUCGCAACUCCCUGCGCUGAGGAUGCUCUUGGCCGAAUUGCGACCGAAGCUCGCCAUGCUCAAGGAUCUCAGCACGGGGCUUGGGACAGCGAAAGCGGAACUCCAGCAGGAGCGUCGAGACUACAUCGAACAGCGCACUCGAGCACAUAUCGAACGACAUGGUCGCACAGAUGCCGACGAUGCGGCUGCACUAUCCGGAAGGCCGCUCGAUGCGGACGAGAUCCAGGCCAUGGAGAAAGUUGCUCAGACCUUCCAGCCGACUUGA